AUGGAGCCUCCAACACGCAUUCCGGGAACGGUGCAGUUGAUCGAUGCACAAGGAAUCCUUAACGUCAAGCACGGUCAAGGAACGGGCGAAAUCGUCCUCGUUCCGCAGCCUACCAAUCACCCAGAUGAUCCUCUACGAUGGAGCAAGCCCAGGAAGAUGACCAACACCAUUUGCGCUAUGGUGUGGUGCUUCUUCAUCGGGGCCAUGAUUUCUGGGCUAUCGCCUGCCUACAUCUUGAUUGAAGAGCAUACUGGUAUUUCCGUUGCAGACUUGAGCACAGGCAAUGGCAUUCUCUAUCUCUUCAUGGGAUGGGGGACUAUGAUUACCCAGAGUCUUGCGCUUAAAUACGGUCGUCGUGUUGUCCUUGUGGCCUGCAUGAUCUUCGUCACUGCCAUGACGAUAUGGACCGCAUUUGUUCAGUCGAGGGGGGAGUACUUCGCCAACCGCAUAUUACUAGGGAUAUCCGCUUCGCCGCAAGAAACUUUGAUUGAAAUUGUUAUCGGCGAUACCUACUUUACCCACGACAGAGGCUUCUACAUGGGUGUCUAUGCGUGGUCUCUCUUUUGCGGUGCCUUUCUCUCACCUGUGGCUUCUGGUUAUGUUGCCCAAGCUCUUGGAUGGCAAUGGAUUCAGUAUAUCCUGACUAUUGUGGGUGCCGCAGUCACUCUCUUGACCUUCCUCUUCUUUGAGGAGACCAUGUUCUUUCGCGACCACGGCUCAGUCAUCACAGGCGAGGCUCUAGAGGCUGCGGCCAUGGCCAAUACUCUCAAAUCAUUCAAGGGUGCAGCUGCGGGUGAUCUGGAGAAGAUUGGCGAGUCGGAAACCCGUACUACUGCUCCACCAUCUCGCGAAGUUUCCAUACACAAUGAUCGGGUCGGAAGUACCAGGACCUAUCUCCAGAAACUCAAGCUCUGGGGCUACCAACACCCUCAGCAGCCGAACCCGUUCAAAGUCUUCUUCCUCCCAAUUCAGCUGCUUUUCACAUUUCCUGCAAUGUUUUUCAGCGGCCUCCUAGUUGGUGGGACUCUUGCCUGGUAUAACGUCGUGAUCGGCUCCUUGGCCCUAAUCCUAGGCGAUGCACCUUACAACUUCAGCACCAACACCAUAGGACUGACCUACCUCGCCUGCUUCGUCGGCGUCACACUCGGCUGCUGUGUCUCCGGCUGGAUGUCCGAUUUCACCGCUAUCCACCUGGCACGCCGUAACGGGGGCGUUAUGGAGCCGGAACAACGACUCUGGAUCUGCCUGGUUGCCCUGGUCGUACACCCGGCUGGCUGUCUUUUAUACGGUGUCGGGGCGUCGUACGGGAUCCACUGGUCUGGAGUCGUUAUUGGUCUAGCCCUAAUAGCUAUGACUUUUCCUUUGGGGUCCGCACUGGCGUAUACUUACAUACUGGACAGCUACAGAGAGAUGGCGGGCGAGGGCCUCGUGUCGGUAGUCCUCAUUCGAAACAUGAUGGGCUUUGCUUUUGGUUACGCUGCUGUGCCCAUGGUCGACAAUCUGAGCGCCCGCUAUGCCUUUGUUCUGAUUGCAUUGAUAGGAGAGCUUUUGUGGGCUGCCUGCAUAGCGAUGGUUUAUGUUGGGAAACCUUUCAGGCAAUGCACUGCACAAAAAUAUUGGAGGCUUGUGGAAAAGCAUGGUGCAAAGGUACACUGA